UAUUAAAAUAAACUUGAAAUUUACUUUGUGAAGAUUUAAUAACGAAAAGCAUGAAAAAGAAGACGGAAUAAUAACUUGCUCAAAGUGAACUUCCAAGAUAAAUUUGCAGUUACGUAAAAUGAAGAUAAACUUGCUUAUACUAUUAAUUAUGAUAAAAAAAGCUUAUUCAUUUUCGUGCUUUAAAUGUUCUUCAUCAAGCGAAAGUGACUGCUUAGCAACACAAUACCUCAAACUCUGUCCAAUAGAAAAAUACGGUUAUGCAUGCAUUACGAUACUGCAAUCUUAUGAAACUCGAACUUUUGAAAAUGUUUCAGAAAUUACAACCAUAUAUGAAAAAAAUUGUUUGAGUAAAUCUAUUUCUUGCGAUUUGUAUUGCGAAUAUUUUAAUAAUAUUGGUGUGUGCAAGAAUUCUUGUUGCUAUUAUGACAAAUGCAACUUUGGAAAGCUGCAAGCAAAGAAAUUUUACAGAAAAAGUGGAACUAUAACUUUUUGUACCAAAAUUUACAUGGUUAUUUUUUUAUAUGUUUUUAGAAAAGUAAUCUGAAA